AAAUAUGAGUGGUAUCCUCUGGUGAAAGACAUGCAAGCCUCCAAUGAAAUUCAUAUGCAUUCAGCAGGAGAACAGGAAAGCACAGUCGACUCUGCGAUGCCAUCUGGAUCAGGUAUCGAAGUGAGUGGCGAGACAGGGCUUAAUAUUCUCAGAACAAUUCUGAGUAAACAAUCAAACCUUGAGGACGCAGACAUUGCAGCUGCAAUGCCGAAAAUCAGCUUCUCUCAAGAAUGGCACCAAAGUACUUUCAAGAAAUAGAUCAGUUUGUGGAGAACCACUUACCCUCGCUGCCACCAGAGGGAUCUCAAGUAAAGCAGAUGCAGGACUUUCUAAAGAGCGCACAGAGUAUUAUAUGCAAUGAGGUGCGCAGAUUAACACCUUUACUGAAAAAUGCUGGACUGCUAGUUCAUCUGAAGGACAGUUACAGCCGUCACCUCUUUACCAACCUGGACCUGCUACUAAACAGAGAUCUGUCUGUAAAACAGAUCUUCUGCCUUAUUAUGUGGGAAAAAGAUGUUUUCUUCAGUCCAGACUCAAAACUGAGUGUGUACGACCCUUCGCUGCUGACAGGAAGGUUUGAGAGAGCAAAGCAGAAACUGCUUCAAGUACUUCAGGAUGACAUCUCCAAGACUCUACAGAACAUCCUACACUAUGAUGAGAAACAUGGACAUAAUGAGGACUCAAUGGAUGAAGAAACUUUCAUCAGAGUUCACUUAGAUGUCACUCAGUGCCUGAACUAUGCUAUUUUUGAUGCUAAAAAAGUUGGUCUGACUUUGAUGCAUGCAGUACAAAUACUCUGUAGUGGAGAGCUGCAUGGUUUUGUUCAGAAGUAUGUGGAUGCUAAGAACAAACGUCUAUAAAAAACAAACGUUUACAGAGACAAACUCUGUGUAUCUGUUUCGGAUAAUCAACACCUGCAUGCAACUCAGGUAUUUAUUAAUGAUGAUUAAGUAAUGAACUAAUACAUGGCUGUUACAGAAACUGUAUCAGUGUAUAAUUAAAUCUGGACUAAUUGAAGAAUAAGACAUAUUUGUCACCCUUGAUUUAUUCAAGUGGCAGUAUAAUUGUGGAGAUAUUAAGAUGACUAAUAUUUGGCUGUCAUAUUUGACUAAAACAGUGGUUGCCUUUUUUCCAGGGCACCCUUAUUUUAACAGUCAACCUUUUUGAAUCAAUGAAUCAGUGACAUUAACAAUGAUGGCAGAAGAUUUUUAAAUGAAAAAAUAACGUUGGUUGAGUGAGUUUAACGAAAUUUCAACCAAGGGGGGCCUUUAAUUGGUCCGUGCCCAGGGCACCGCUGUGUCAUAAUCCGUCCCUGACUUACCGUCUGGAAUUUCAUCAUGGUUUGCUGCAACUGUUUCUAUUUAUAACCCUCAAACUGGAACGAGCUCAGCGACUCCUAGUGGUGUCACGACCCGGGGUUGGGAACCACUGGGGAAAAUCCUUGUGUAGAAUAAAACAGCUUUUCUAGGUCACUGUUAUAACUAGAGUCACUAUACGGUGAGUGUAUUAUUUUAAAAAUAUUUGUGCUAAGUUGUCCUUUUCCUAUCUGGAAUGAAAAUAUUUUACCUGUAGAUGUUGUGCUACACAAAUCAGUCCAAAUACAAACAGCAGAGAUGUCUCCUCAA